GUUUGUCCCACUACUUAUGAGCUCAAGCUGUGGAGAGAACAUAGAGUCAUCAAUCGCUUCUAUCGUCUUCACUGGGGUGCAUGGAUUCAGUGCUUUGGAGGAAGACACAAAAGACUUUAUCUAAAAUCUCCAGCGCUACAAUUGAAGCUUAAGCAGCAUGUUUUUGUCACUGCAAAACAAUGCAAGUUAUUAGACAUUUUGGUCAAACCAAAGUGAAGGGAACCAAAAUAUUUUGCUGAUUCUCCGUAUGAACCAUAUCAUACUAGAACUAACUGUAAAGCUUUCCCCAAUCAUAGGAAGUUUUAUCCA